CGGACCAGGAAUCGAACCUGUGUCCCCUGCAUUGGCAGGUGGAUUCCACUGUGCCACCAGGGAAGUCCCAGUAGAUAGGCUUUUGAAACGGAAAAGUUAGUGUACAUUGUGGAUUUUAUGGAUUUAUCCUUAUCUUAACAUUUCUAUUUCUACAUUUUGACUUUUGUUCAAAGAAGUUCAAAGAGGGACUGUGCUAUCUGUUCUCUGCUGGCUUUGUCACAUUAUAAGGAAUUUAACAUCAGUGGAAUUGAGGUAGCAGUGAAAAGCAUCAUAUGAUUUAAAGUAAAGCUUUAGGUCAAUAUUUACUGAAGUAUUAUGUUAAUACGGUUCCUGUUUGGCUGAAAAGAGUUACUAGCUGUUUUAAAACUUGUUUAUUUUUUACUCCUAGACAGUAGUUUUGUUCAGGGAGGUUCUAAGUUAUUUAUUCCUCUCUUGACACUAUGCUAAAGGUGAAAUACUUGGCAAGCCAUCUUAUCCUUUAUUUUGUAUUGGUGAAGAGCUUUUAUUUGUGUUUACUCAAAGAAAGCUAGUGAGGCUACCAAAGAAAUAAUUAAAUGCUGUUGAAUUUUGUUUUUGUCAAUUACUCAUCUUCACUUUUAAUGAUUUUAUACAAUUUGCAUAUAUAUAUUUAGGUUGGUCUAUGAUUUUUUUUUUUUUUGGCCAUGCCGUGCAGCAUGCAGGAUCUUAGUUCCCCGACUGGGGAUCGAACCCAUGCCCCCUGCAGUGGAAUCGCAGAGUCUUAACCACUGGACCUCUGGGGAAGUCCCUGUGGUCUAUGAUUUUGAAAGUAGAAACUCGCUGUUCUAAUGAAAUAUUGAGAGAUGCAGAAAAAUAUUUUAGCUCUACACUCCUUUUAUAUGGAGUUAUGUUAUUUAAUUUAGCCUCCAUGUUGCUGUAUGGGGAUUAACAAUAUUAAAAGGGAAAUGACAGAUGUUCUGAUUAGUAAUAAAACCCACCUCUAAAAAAUAGGCGAAAGUGUGUGGGUUUUUUCUUAUACCAGUGUAACACAUGUGGAAGGGAGUAAGCAAUAACCUGAGGCCCAGUUUUUCUUUGUAAGUUUAACUGGACUACACAAGACUGACAUCAGAAAAUAUGGCAACUUAGCAUCUCACACUGUCCAACUCAGUUCCUUCCAGUGCUGUGCUGGAGCCAGCUCAAACUGCUUCAUGAAGGGCGAUUGUUAACAUCCCUUUCCAACUCCACAGUUAGAGAUGUCACGUUGGUAACUUGAAAUCAGCCAUGUGGGAGUAUUUACACCAAGGAAAUAAGUAAAUGAUAGAAAUCAGAGCUUCUGUUUUCUUCUAGACAGCUAGUUGUUAAACAUUUACCAGCAAACCACUGGUUUCAUCCAUUCAUCCAACCAUCCAACAAAUAUUUAUUGAAAUCUAAUGUGUGCCAGCUGAACCUGUGAUAAGGGCAAAAAAGACGAAUAACCUACAGUCUGUGCCGUAAGACAGCUCACAGCUUGGUUUACUAAAAUGUGUGGGCCAGUAAAAACUCUUAGCCUAGAUUACCUUUUCCAGCUAAGUUAGAUGGUCCGUGAUGGUGCUACCAUCUUGAGAGAUCCUAAAGAGCUAUUAGACGAUAAAGUAGAAACCAGGAAAAUUAGUACUAGGAAAAACCUAGUCGUUUUUUUUUCUGAAAAAAGUGUAUUUUUAAAUACACUGAACUGGAAGUCUUUGUGUGUGACUGGGGUCAAGAACACUGAUGUGCAGUUGCAUAGCCAGGUACCAGUUACGCUAAUGUUUGUCGGAAAGCAUCCCAGACGACAGGUUGCUGGGGAAGGGACUUGCAUUAUAACAGAAAUCAGAAACUUGGAGCCUUUAGAGAACCUAUAUAAUCAGAAGUAAGAGAAUGAGUUACUAAACCAUAAAAAGCUGAAAUAGUUUAAUUCAACAUAAAUAUUUAAUAAGUGCCCACCUGACUUAGGCACCAUGCUAGCUGCAGGGAAAACAAUGGUGAGCAAGUGUAGGGUUGCUGGUUAGAGAGGCAGAUACCCUGGGAAGGGGGAUGGAAAGAUUGCUUCACUGCUAGCCUAUGUUGCCAGGUCCGUUCCAGACUUGAGACUUGGAACUCAGGCUGUACUUUCAUCUAGUUUUUUCUAGUCUCUGAGAAUAUUCCCCACAGAGAAUGCAACAUCCUUCGUGAACUGCAGGGGAAUAUGUUUCCCGUUUCACCACCAGAGUGAAUGCCAUUCAGAAUCACUGUGCAUGCUUUUGGAUGUGAGCUAUAGCUUGGAAGCUGUUACUGAUGUGACACAGUAGUAAUAGGCUUAGAGUAUUUUGUUGUGCCAUGUGACAAGCCAGAUGAGUUAUUUUGUUAAAACAUUUUUAGUGGUUGUUUAAUUUGGCCUCCACGAAAUUUAAUUUAUGCUAAACCUUCAGUUGAAUAAUAUAACUAUAUAGGACAUUGGAUAAAGCAAUUUCUAAUUGCGUAAAUAUAACUAAAGAGUCAAAUAAGAUGCUUUCAUGCACUGCCUAAGGGAUUUUUCAUUUUUGUGUGGUUCUCUUAGUCAGGAAUCAUUAAACUCUUCAAAGCAGAUGUUGGAAUAGCUUGCUGAAUAAAUAAGGCCCUGGGGUUAAACAUUGUCAUGUACCUGCCUCAGAGAUAUUCACCACCUCUCUUCACACACUUUUGUUGUCUGUCCUAUAACCAGGGGUGCCUGGAACAACCCCCUCAUUCCUACUUCCUUUCUUAGCAUUGGAUGACUGUGCAGUGAUCAGGAUCUUCACUGAAAGAUGCCCCUAGACUGAGGGCCAAAUCCUAUAUUGAUUAAAGCAACCGCUUGAUUACCCCCUUGACACAGUGUCAUUAUGAAUACAGACCUGAAGUGUUUGGGUUAUUUGCAGCCUUGAUCAGGAAAUAGGAGUGAAAGGGGAGUUAUUUUAAAAAACAGGGCAAAGACCAGGGAGUAUAGCGAUAUGAUUUUACAGAGAUUUCUUAAUCCUUCUGAGUAAUCUGAAAAAUAAGUUCAAGAUUUCUUUGGUUACUUGAUGGAAGAAAGAACUACCAUAUUGACUCUUCCGUGGCAGGAAAAGAAAAACAGAAGAGAAGAGAAAAGCCUGCCUUGCUUCAUCUCCCUUAUUCUUCAGAUAAAAUUUAUAAAGUACUUUUAGACAAUGGAAAAAUGUGGAAGCUAGGAACUUACUGGGUUAUAGCAAAUGACAGAAGUCCUUUGGUGGGUAAAAUCCACUGGGAGAAAAUGGUGAAAAAGGUGUCAAGAUUUGGAAUACGUACAGGCACGUUUAACUGUUCCAGUGACCCCAGAUACUGCAGGAGAAGAGGCUGGGUACGAUCCACACUCAUUAUGUCUGUUCCACAAACAAGUACUUCUAAAGGGAAAGUCAUGCUUAAAGAAUACAGUGGGCGCAAGAUUGAAGUAGAGCACAUUUUUAAGUGGAUAACUGCUCAUGCAGCUUCACGGAUCAAAACCAUUUAUAAUGCUGAACGUUUGAAAGAAGAAUGGAAUAAAAGUGAUCAAUACUGGGUAAAAAUAUACCUAUUUGCAAACCUUGACCAACCCCCAGCUUUCUUCUCUGCACUAAGCAUAAAGUUUACUGGAAGGGUUGAGUUUAUUUUUGUAAAUGUGGAAAAUUGGGACAACAAGAGUUAUAUGACAGAUAUUGGUGUAUAUAACAUGCCAUCAUACAUACUUAGAACUCCUGAAGGAAUUUACAGGUAUGGAAACCACACAGGCGAAUUUAUAUCCCUUCAGGCCAUGGAUUCGUUUUUGCGCUCAGUACAACCUGAAGUAAAUGAUUUGUUUGUUUUGAGCUUGGUUCUAGUUAAUCUUAUGGCUUGGAUGGACUUAUUUAUCACACAAGGAGCUACCAUAAAACGAUUUGUGGUUCUCAUAAGCACUUUAGGGACAUAUAAUUCUCUAUUAAUUAUUUCCUGGCUACCGGUGUUGGGCUUUUUACAGCUCCCUUACUUAGAUAGCUUUUAUGAGUAUAGCUUAAAAUUGUUGAGAUAUUCCAAUACAACCACGCUGGCCUCAUGGGUCAGGGCAGACUGGAUGUUUUAUUCUUCACACCCAGCCUUGUUUCUUAGUACAUACCUUGGACAUGGUUUACUAGUCGAUUACUUUGAAAAGAAGAGACGGCGCAACAACAACAAUGAUGAAGUCAAUGCCAAUAACUUAGAGUGGUUGUCAAGUCUGUGGGACUGGUACACCAGCUACCUCUUCCACCCGAUUGCUUCUUUUCAGAACUUCCCUGUAGAAUCUGAUUGGGACGAAGACCCCGACUUGUUCUUGGAGCGAUUAGCUUUCCCUGACCUUUGGCUUCACCCUCUGAUACCAACUGAUUAUAUAAAAAACUUGCCAGUGUGGCGAUUUAAAUGCCUUGGAGUCCACUCUGAAGAGGAAAUGUUGGAAGGUCCUCAAGAUAUUGAAAAUGACUCAGACAGUGAGAGCAUAGACACUUUUAGCAGCGAGAAGGAAGUAUUUGAAGAUAAACAAAACGUAGUUCACAAUUCUCCAGGAAGAGCAAGUCACUGUGAUCCUGAGGCUUGUUCAUGUGCCAAUAAAUAUUGUCAGACCAGCCCUUAUGCAAGGAAGGGGCGGUCUUAUGGAUCAUAUAGCACUAAUGAAGACAUGGAACCUGAUUGGUUAACUUGGCCUACUGAUAUGCUGCACUGUACUGAAUGUGUUGUUUGCCUAGAGAAUUUUGAAAAUGGAUGUUUGCUAAUGGGGUUGCCCUGUGGUCAUGUGUUCCAUCAGAAUUGCAUUGUGAUGUGGUUGGCUGGGGGCCGACACUGUUGCCCUGUUUGCCGGUGGCCUUCUUACAAAAAAAAGCAGCCAUAUGCACACCACCAGCCCUUGUCAAAUGAUGUCCCAUCUUAACCACGUGCAAUUUGUCCUUUAUAAGCUUUGCGUAUCCUACAGCUUGCCUUUUUAAUGUUAGUCACCAAGUUUUUGUGGUUUGACGUUUAAUUUAAUGUUAGUGCAGUGACAGGAAAUAUACAUUUUGCUAACGUUGAUGACAAUUAUUUGGUUGCCUUGUGUGUCAAUAUGAAUGCAUACUUAAAUGUAAAAAUUUUUAUUUACAACAUUGGAAAUUCAGAAGUUAAUGUCUUUUUGUAAGCACAAAAGAAGUAUGAUAGAAGUUUAUCCUAGCAAGACUUUACAAGGUAGGACCAAAUUCUAAUGGAAUUGAGGGAGUUUCUUAUCCUAAAUGUUUCCUCCCUUUUUACAAUCUGUGUCCAGCACCUCUUGGUUAAAUAAUGUAUGCUCUGAGACAUGAAAUUAAAACAGACCUAUGAAAUAAAUUAUUUUAAAACCAGAA